UGCCUAUUGUGUCUUUAUUGUAGUGCUGUGCAGUGUAGUGAACGCUCUGAUUCAGUGAAAGCGUAAUUUUUUGUGCUCCUUCAAUAAUUAAAUGGAUCAAAUACAGUGCUAAUAUAGUGCAACAAUAAUCUUUUAAAGAUGCUAACGUGUUUAAAAUUGACAAUCGUGUUUAUGAUUAGUUCUACUUAACAAACAAUGGGAACAAUAAUAUAAAUAAAUAUAUAACAAACCCUUGUAGCGUUUCAAAGUUUUAAACAAUAUGGCAGAAGAAAAACAGGAAAAUGAAUCGAUGGAAGAAAAGAAAAAGGUCGCCGAAUGGAUGGAAGACAAACACAAUAAUGCAAAAUGUAUUGAGGAAAACCCGCUAAACAGGACUAUUCCAGAAAAACCACCAAAGAAAACAUGGGGCGAGAAAUUCGAACAUGUAAAGAGGAACAUAACCGUGGAACCACUGCUGGCUGGUCUCAUAAUACCGAGUGUAAUAUCGAGGUUUGCAAUGGGUAAUCUCAAUUUGGAUAAAGCAUGCCGUGUUAAUCUCCAGUUCGGUGACGAGGUAUGUGAUGCCCUAGUAGUACAAAAAAGCACAAAUUUUUCCUCGUACGAGAAACAAGUCCAACAACUGAUUGCGUCUAUUGAUAUUUGGAAAACCAUAAUUCACACAGGUUUGCCGUGUCUGAUGAUAAUGUUCCUAGGGGCUUGGAGUGACAGAACUGGCAAGAGAAAGAUUAUCAUAUUACUGCCCGUUAUAGGAGAACUUAUCACAUCUAUCAGCAAUAUAAUAAACGUGUACUUUUUCUAUGAAAUUCCUGUCGAAGUGACAGUUUUUCUGGAGACUGUUUUCCCUGCCAUCACCGGUGGGUGGGUUACGAUGUUCCUUGGUGUUUUCAGUUAUAUUAGCGAUAUCACUUCGGAGCAGGACAGAACAUUCAGGGUUGGUUUGGUGAACUUCUGCAUGACUGCGGGCCUCCCAAUAGGACUUGCCCUUAGCGGCAUUGUAUUGAAGAACUUCGGCUAUUACGGUGUCUUCUCAACGACCACCGUGAUGUUCAUGUUGGUUCUUACAUAUGGAUUCACUUGCCUAAAAGAGCCAGACCAGUUCCUCAGAGACCGAGGUUUGACCCCUAUCGAACGCAAAUCAGCCCCUGAUGUGUCUUUCUUCGACCUUACCCAUGUGGCGGAGACUGUGAAGGUCGCAUAUCGACCCCGACCUCUAAAUAAGAGGGUCAAGGUCGUACUUACCCUGUUUGCCGUCUUCAUACUGUACGGACCUGCCAUGUCGGAAUUCCACAUAUUGUACCUGUUCUUAAGAGACCGGCUGAAUUGGGAUAUGGUGAAGUUUGGAUUGUACUGCAGUUACUCAAUUGUACUUCAUUCAUUCGGAGCAAUGUUUUCAAUCACGGUAUUGAGCAAAAGACUUCAGGUCGACGACUCCAUGCUCUGCCUCAUCUCAAUUCUGAGCAAGUUCGUCGGCUCGUUCUGGACCGCUUUUGUGCAGACUGAUAUCGAGAUGUAUUUGCUUCCAAUUGUGGAAAUAUUGAACGCAACAACAUUUACGUCUCUACGGUCCAUAAUUUCCAAGUUGGUGGAUAAACAGGAAACCGCUAAAGUGAACUCGCUAUUUUCCCUAACGGAAACGGUGGCUGCAUUGAUCUUCGGCCCAUUCUACUCGUGGUUGUACAUGAGCACUCUGUACUUCUUCUCCGGCACGGUAUUCCUUGUGAGUGCUGCUCUUCUCAUACCUGGCCUCAUUAUACUCUCAUGGUUCUUCUACCACCAUAGGAAAGACUUGAGGAUAUCAAGAAAGCAAGCAUUAGAAACAGAAGAGAAAAAAGAUGGUGAAUUAAAUAAAUUAGCUCUAACAUUCCAUCCAGAAAAAAAUACUGAAACUAAAAACAAGAUUGGAAAUAUUUCCGAAAAUUACUUAACUGUGAAAGAAGAUGAAAAUAAAGACGAUGUUAUGGGACCAAAAAAUAAACGAUAACAUUAUUUUUCCGCCUACCGCACAUUAAACUUAUACUUAUCUUUGUAA